GAUGACGACAAUAAAACUUGCAGAAAACACACACAGUGAUUUCCUUCCUUUCUUACUAAAAGAAAAAUCCAAUAUCUUUUUGAAUCUCUUCCCAUAAACCAUCUCCAGAAUCCCACUUUAUCAUCCUCAGAAGUCGACGUUCAUUGUUUAGAAGAUAUUGUUCUUGCAUAGCAGAGGACUUGAAGCCCCACCAACUUUUUGUGGAUAGAUUUGGUAACUGAAGAGGGGCACCAUUGGAUAGUAUUUCAAUUUUUAUGAAAAGGGAAUGGUCGUUUGGUUCGGAGACGAUGGAAGUCAAUACCGGACAUUCCUGUUCAAAUGAGAAAAAACGGUUGGAUUGUCGAAAAUCUGCUGAUAAAGGGGAAAAGCCUUCGGAAAAAGAUGCAGGCGGUUCUGCAUUCGUAAAUCAUGCUGCGAUCGAUUGGCACAAGAACAGGAAAAGGUGGACAGGGGAUAAAUCUCAACAAUCACGAACGAUCAACAAGGAUCAAGUUAUAAGCUGGUCCACAACAUAUGAAGACCUUCUCUUGACUAAUGAGCCAUUUUCCCAGCCAAUUCCUUUGCCUGAAAUGGUAGAUUUCCUAGUCGAUAUUUGGCACGACGAAGGGUUGUUUGAUUAGACGAUGGAUGACGGAGUACAGGCAUAGGAGAGUUUUAGGUGAUUGCUGGUCUGGAUUUUGUUUGCCUCCUUAAUCUUAAGAAACACACAUUUCGACUAUGUCACCUGGAUUCGGAUAUUUGUCUUAGACGAGUAU